CCGCCCCCGGGCGCGGGGACACCGCCGACAGCGACACCGCCACCGCCGGAGCGACCGGUCACCGCCACCGCCGCAGCCCGGGUGCGGCGGCUCCCGGCGCGGCGCGGGAGGACGGGGCAGAGCGGCGAGGGGCGGCCGGAGGCAGCGGGGCCGGUGCCCAUGUGCCCGCGGUCGCGGCGGGGCGAUGAGGCCGCGAUGAGCACGGCGGGCGAGGGCACCCUCCGGCCCUGGAAGCCCGACCCGGGGCAGGCGGACGGGGGGCGGCCGCCCCCGCCGGGCCGGGCGCUGCCGCUGACCCUGAGCGUGCUGGCCUGGCUGGGCACCGGCACCACCAUGGCCGGCCUCAACAAGUGGAUCUUCGCUGCUCACGGGUUCCGAUACCCGCUGCUGCUCUCCUCGCUGCACAUGCUGUCGGGGGUGGCCGUGGGGUACCCGCUGGGCUGGGCGCGGGGUGCCCGCUCCCCGCGGCCCCGCGCCCGCAUCUACCUGCUCAGCCUCACCUUCUGCACCAGCGUGGCCCUGGGCAACCUGGGCCUGAGCUACGUGCAGCUGGACGUGGCCCAGGCCGUGGCCACCACCACGCCGCUGGUGACACUGGUGCUGGGGGUGCUGGGGGGCCGGCGGCCGCACCCGCUGCAGUGCUGGGCCAUGGGUCCGGUGUGUGCCGGGGCCGCCUGCAGCAUCGCCGGCGGGCUCCGCUUCUCCCAGCCCGGCUGCGGCUUCCUGCUGGCCGCCACCGUGCUCCGCGCCCUCAAGUCCAUCCAGCAGAGUGUGCUGCUGCAGGAGGACCAUCUGGACACGCUGUCCCUGCUCGGCCUGACGUCCCUGCCCAGCUUCGUGCUGCUGUUCGGGGCGGCCGUGGCGCUGGAGCUGGGCCCCUCGUGGCAGGGGGUGCUGCGCCCCGACGCCGCGCUCUGGGGCUGCGUCCUGCUCAGCUGCCUGGGCUCCGUCCUCUACAACCUGGCCACGUCCUGCCUCCUGUCCCUCACCUCCGCCCUCACGCUGCACCUCCUGGGCAGCCUCACCGUGGUGGGCAACCUGCUGCUGUCCCGCCUGCUGUUCGGCACGCGGCUGGGCGCGCUGGGCUACGCCGGCGUGGCGCUGACGCUGGCGGGGAUGGUGCUGUACCACCAGCCCCAGCUCCUGGCCGCGUGCUGGCCCCUGCGGGCGCCGCGGCGGCACCCGCGCCACGAGUAGGGGUCUGAGGGUGGAGCGGGGGCGAGGGAGGCUCUGAGCGAGGGCAGGGGGGCUGCAGAGCUCGGCUCGGCGAGCACGUAUGUGUGUGUUGAGGAGUGUCGUGCUGGGCACGCGUGUGUGCCAGUGUGUGUGACGCUCUGCAUGUGUGUGUGACUGUGCACGUGUCUGCCAGUGUGUGACACGCUGGGCGCACGGGUUUGCCAGUGUGCCCACAUGUGUGCUGAGGUGCACAGUGCUGUGCACGUGGGUGUGACCGUGCACACGUGUGUGCCAGUGUGUGUGCCACUCUGCACGUGUGUGUACCAGUGUGCCUGGCUCUGUGUGCCCACGGGAGUGCUGAGGUGCACAGUGCUCUGCACGUGCGUACCUGUGUGUGGCUCUGUGCACGUGUUUGCUGGUUUGCACAGCUCUGUGCACACACCUGUGGCUGUUUGCACAGCUCUGUGAGCACGUGUUUGCCAGUGUGCGCAUGUGUGCCAGUGUGUGUGACUCUGCACAUGUGUGUGCUGCUGUGCACAGUGCUGUGCACAUGUGUGUGCCAGUGUGUGUGACUCUGCACAUGUGUGUGCUGCUGUGCACAGCUCUGGACAUGUGUGUGCUGAUGUACACAGUGCUGUGCACAUGUGUGUGCUAGUGUGUGUGGUACUGUGCACAUGGGUGUGCUGGCAUGCACAGCUCUGUGCACACGUGUGUGCUGAGGUGCGUGGUACCAUGUACAUAGUGGGUGUCCUACUCUGCAUGGUUGUAUGUACAUGUGGUUUGCACGGCUCUGUGCACACGUGUGCUGAGGUGCACGGUGCUGUGCACACGUGUUGGUGUGCAUGGCUCUGUGUACACGUUUUGGGUUUGCACAGCUCUGUGUGCACACGUGUGCUGAGGUGCACGGUGCUGUGCACACGUGUGUCAGUGUGCAUGGCUUUGUGUGCACAUGUGACAGUGUGCACAGCUCUGCGUGCACACAUAUGUGCUGAGGUGCACGGUGUUGUGCACACGUGUUGGUGUGCAUGGCUCUGUGUACAUGUUUGUGGGUUUGCACAGCUCUGUGUGCACACGUGUGCUGAGGUGCACGGUGCUCUGCACUGCACAUCCCCAUUGAUGUGCAAGGCACUGUGCACAGGUGUGUGCUGGUGUGCACAGCUCUGUGAGCACAUGUGUGUUGAUGUGCACACGUGUGUUGUGUGAAGGCUCUGCACGUGCAGGCAGGUCUCGUGCACGUGUGCGUUGGUACAGACUGUACAUAUGUGAGUUUGUGCACAGCUCUGCGUGCGUGUGGCACGUGUGUGCUGCUGUGCACAGCUCUGGGGGGGGGGUCAGGCAGGUACAGGUGUGCACACAGGCUCUGUGCAGGUACCUCUGUGUGUGUGUGUGUGUGUGUGUGCAGCUGUGUGCCCCGGCUCCACAUGUCCCCGUGUGCACACGCAGGCUGGGAAUGCUCAGGGACGUGGCUGUGGAUAAACGACUCUGGAUACAGGACUCGGGGCAUCCGGCUGCUGUCCUGCCUGGGGAAACAGAACUGUCUGUCUGUGUGUGUUCAUAUGUGUGUGUGUGUGUGUGUGUGUUCACACGUGUGUGUGUCACUACUGAGCUCUGCUGGCUGGAGUGGACGCUGGCUGUGUGUAGACACUGUUCUCAUGGCCAAACAGGAUGCCCAGGACAGGGCAGGUGCGUGUCCCCUCCCCUGUCCCCAACCCCACCGUGUUGUGACAAUCCCAUGGGGCUGCCGGUGGUGCUGCCAGCGUCACCUUUGUCCCAGCUGUGCCCUUCCAGCCCCCACAGCUCCCUGUCCCCGUCCCUCCCAGCGUGCCGUGGCUGGCACAGACUGGUAUCCGUGGCAGAGAUGGCGAGAGCCCGGCUGGGGGGACGGGGACAGCCCAGACCACCCACCAUCGCUCCAGGGCGGUGCCAGGCUGAGGCGUGGGACGGUGCUGGGCUGUGGCACUGCACACACUCACCAUGGCAAAGGGACAGCCCUGUGUGUGCCCUGGCACCGCCGGGGGCCGUGGGGGCCAUUGCCACGCUCGUGUCUCCGUGCCGGGGCUGAAGGACCCAGCUCCGAUUGCACUUGUCCCAAAAUAAAGCUCUAUUUUUGUCUUAUGCCA